GUGGCAUGUCAUAUUUGUGAUGGCGGUGCUGGCUUGGGGGCUUUGCUGCCGUGCUUAGUCGUAAAUUUACGAUACAAUACUUUCUGAUUGAUUUCGAAGCUACUAAUAUUGUUUUAUAAAGUUUUAUUUUGUUCUGUUAUUUUUCAUGUAUAAAUCAUGAUGUAUUUCUUUGAGAUCGCUGAAGUUUGCACGAUAACAAUUCUUGGCGCUAAGAAAACAAUUAAUGAUUCUUGAUGAAAAAUGUGCUUAUUGGAACCUUAUUAGCGUAAGAGAAUUAUUAAAGUUCGAUGCAAGACAGUUUAGUGCUCUAUAAUUGUUAUUAUUAUUAGUUAAUUCAAAAUAAGCAUCAUGAAUGAUGUUCGAGACAAAGUUGUUGCCGGGUCUUCGAGUUGGGAGAACACAACAACGCGAAGCGACUCAUCACCCGAGACUCAAUCAUCGCCUGGCGGCAGCGGGGAAACCCCACAGACGCCCGGAGCGCCAGCGCCGCUGGCUCCACACCUUGCUGCCGACUUACAUCCAGAUCUCAUACAACAAGGCUGGCGCAAGUACUGGUCCAAACGAGAAAACAGACCCUACUUUUGGAAUAAGCUCUCUGGAGAAUCAAUGUGGGAGCUACCGGCGGUAAAAAGAGAUUUUGACCCUAUUACAGACCCCCUUGGCAUUUGUCACACUGGUCCGCCCAAUGCAGGUAAUAUGACUCCAAGUGCCAGCAAGCGCCGACCUUCAGAGGACAAUGGACCUCCACCUAAAAAGUUUGUUCUGGCAGGGCCUUGGGAUAUAGAAGUGGCAACAAAUGUGGUUAUAUAUGAACGGCCCCCAACAAUCUGCCCCCAUCCUCAUCCAGAAAUUGAAGGUUUCAGAUUUACACUUGCAAACAAACUUCGACAAUGCUAUCAAGAGUUGUGUCAUACCAGAGAGGGUAUUGAUGCUCCAAAGGAUUCAUUUAAUCGUUGGCUUAUGGAGCGUAAAGUGAAUGACCAAGGAGGUUCAGAUCCACUUUUGCCAAGUCACUGUUUUCCUGAAAUAUCGCGUUCUAUGUAUGAAGAAAUCAUGAAUGAUAUACCAAUCAAGCUGACGCAUCCAAAAUUCACUGGGGAUGCUCGUAAACAAUUGUCGCGCUAUGCUGAAGCUGCAAAGAAAAUGAUAGAAUCCAGGAAUGCAUCACCUGAAAGUCGUAAGGUGGUGAAAUGGAAUGCAGAAGAUACAUUCCAAUGGCUUCGACGCACAGUUGGUGCUACCUAUGAUGACUUUCAAGACAGACUGGCUCAUCUACGAAGACAAUGUCAGCCACAUUUGGCUGAAACGGUCAAGGCUUCUGUGGAAGGCAUCUGUUUGAAGAUAUACCACUUAUCUGCAGAGUAUGCGCGCAAAAUACGAGAGAAACAUAGUGCUCUGUUAAAAGAAAAUGGAAUACAGGAACUGCCGGCGCCGCUGCAGCAGGCUGCACUGCGGAAGGUGUGGUGCUACCCUGUGCAGUUUGCUCUGCCGGCCCCACGGCCGCCCCUAGUCGAGCACUUUCUCGACCGCGACCAGGCGCUGCUGCGCUACCUCGGCGAGACGCAGGUCAUCAACGCGGCCUACCUCCAGAAGCUGGAGUGCCUAUACCGGUACAGCUGUUUCGACGACAAGAAGUUCGAGCAGUUCCUCUCCCGCGUGUGGUGCGCGCUGCGGCGCUACGCGGCGUGGGUGGGCGCGGGCGGCGACGCGCAGCUCGCACAGAUGGCGCUGCCCGUGCCCGUGCUCGAGUGCUUGCACCGCUGCUUCGGCGUCACGUUUGAGUGCUUCGCGUCCCCGCUCGACUGUUACUUCCGCCAGUACUGCUCGGCGUUCGCCGAUACUGACUCUUACUUUGGAUCUCGUGGACCGUUCCUGGAGCUGCGGCCGGUGUCGGGGUCGAUGGUGGCGCACCCGCCGUACUGCGAGGAGCUGCUGGAGGCGGCGCUGCGCCACAUGGAGCGGCUGCUGCAGGACUCGGCCGAGCCGCUCUCCUUCGUCGUGGUGCUGCCCGAGUGGCCCGAGCGACACACGCACGCGCUGCACAAGCUGCAGGCCAGCCACUUCAAGCGCAAGCAGGUGGUGAUACCAGCUUUUGAACACGAAUAUCGACACGGCUUCCAGCACGUAGUUCCAAAGAACGAGGUGUACUUCCGGUGGGGCGGCGGCACGGUGGUGGUGUGGCUGCAGAACGCGGCGGGCUGCGCGCGCUGGGGGCCCACCGACGAGCGCGUGGAGGCGCUGCUCGACGCCUGGCGGCCGCGCGCCAAGCUGCGCUCCCCGCCGCGUCCUGCGCCUGCGCCUGCGCAACCCGUCGCGCCUGCGCAGCCCGCCUCCGCCACCCCCACCCCCACCGCCCAGCCGGACGCCCCGCAACCACCACCCGCCGCGCCCCAGCCCGACAAGCUGUAGGCGCACGUCGAGUGCGAGCCCAAGCGAUGUUCACGGCACAACUCUAACCGACGACCUGCUAAUUUGCACGGCCAGUCGGCCACAUAAUGAAUUAAUUAAUUGUUGCUGGCUCUGCAAUUUUGCGCUUCGAUGUACAGAUUUGGAAUCUGAAAUGUGAGCGACGCCUGCGGCGAUCCCGAAUGGUGAAAUGCUCUUCUGUGAAAUUAUACGAUCCCGAAUGUGCGCGAUUGGACGUUUGCGCGACGCGGCCGGUCGUCCGUGGAGCUCGCGAAACAAGGUAUCGAAAGCGAAAAGCUAGCCGAAAUAUGAUAGGAAAUUGAAGGGAUCUAUUAUUGAAUCGAAUAGAAUUUAUCCUUGCGGUUAAUUUACUCGACUUGAUACCCAUUCUAAAAUCAAUAUUGACGUGUAUAAAUCCACUUAUAAAAUUUCCUCAUACUAUAACGUGUCCUAAAUCGCAUAUUUACCCCAGUGCAAUAAGGCGUACAAACUUCAAACUCGACAGUUCAUCACGAUCGCACAGUAAACUUGCAACGACUUGUUUUAAGUAAAUAACAUAGUAACAUUAAUAACCCAAUAAGCUGAACCGUUUAUAUCUGCAUUUAUUUUGAACAAGUUAAUUUUACCAACACAUGGACAAUCCUGUCGUCCUACUCUCUCUCUCAACUCUACUAUCUUUAAGAAGAACUUUUUUUGAUAAAUUGACUUAAGAUUGAAUCGUAUUACUGUGUUUAUUACCUACAGUGCAUUACAUAAUUACAGAUGUAGUGUAUAAUCCUUUCCCAUAGUAUUUUUGCGCAAACAUACGAAUGUGUCAGUACAGAAAGUACUGAGACUGCCUGAAGUAGCAUGACAAAUAAUAACGUUUCCGAGAAAAUACGAUGGGAAAGGAUUAUUCGUCAUUACAUCCUGUAUCUUUUAUCAAUCAAGGGACUUCAGUUUAGUUGAAGAUGCAAUAGGUACCUAAGAGAUAUGUACCUAAUUUCGGCUAGUUUUUGGGUCAUACAAACUACCAAUGGUCGUCGUUUCCCAGACAUUUGAAGGGGUCGGGGAAGAGCUAAGACGCAAUAUAGGAGUUUCUCAAGUCAAAAAUAUAUUGUCCCUAAUGUACCUAUAUCAGUCUCCUUUUUCACACUGCCGCGCUAAACAUAUCUGUAAUACAAAAAGAAAUCAGUUGCCUUGAUCUUAUCACGAAAUACGAUCAACAAUUAAUAUUGAGUUUUCUAAUCUAGUUCCUCCUCAUUCACGCGGCAUCGUUAUUAGCGCAUUUUCAUAAAUUAAAUUGAGAUCAGAGUUAUUCUAGCCUGCUAAACCAAUUAUCUCAAAAACAAACGAUUUUUUUAAAUUUUACAGUUUUUUUAUUGCAUAAAAUUUUGAUUUGAGAUACCGCUAUGAGGGCAGUAGAGUUAGACCAAGAAAAGUGCAACUAUUUUGAUAGCACACGCAGUGCAAGUAUUAUUUUAAACGCCAAACUUAUAUGAAAUUAUUACGUAUAAAUAACACUUGCACUGCUUAUGCUAUCAAAAUCGUUGCAGACUUAUCUUGGUCUAACUCUAUUGAUCUUAGAAGAGACGUAAAGUCAAAGAAAACUUGUAGAUAGCACUGUACAGUCCAGUUGCAUUUUGCGUGAAUUAUGCGGUAAAUCCUAGUUGUUCAAAGUUUAAUAAUUCAGUUACCACAUAAUAUGUCGCCGUGUGCCGUACAGCACCAUUUCUACUUCAGCUGUGUCGCUUUCACUAAAAGUUUGAUUAAAUGUAAUUAAUUUUGAGCAACUUUCUCUGACCCCUUCAUCUGUGUAGUAUAUUUGUGUAGGGUUGUAAAAAGUGUGUUCUCUCGGAUUAGGAAAGAUGCUAUAUAGAGUAUAUAGGUUUCUAAGUGUAUGUGGGUGAUAGGUGGCGGCGAAAUGCUAAUUUCGCUUAUUAUCUUUGAUAUUGUACACAAAAUAAAUAAUCGACAGAAUCUGAUUGCGGCAUUUUGUAGAGAUUACCUACAAAAUAGAGUGUAUGUGUUUUGUACAUAAUGAUAAAUUUGUAUCAUGUAUAUACAUAUUAUUUAGUUGUAAAGAUAAUUUCGAUUAUCAUUUUUUUAGUUAUUUUAAGAUCCACAUCUGUUGUAUAGUUCGAUAAAUAUAUUGUUUUGAUUGUUCA